GCAGCCUUGCCCUCUAACUGUGAUAUUUACCAGACUUGGCCAACAUGGUUGUUCUGAAUCCAAUGACUCUGGGAAUUUAUCUCCAACUCUUCUUCCGCUCCAUCGCGUCGCAGCCGACUUUCAUCAACAGUGUGGUCCCAAUCUCAGCAGCCCUCCCUGGCCUGGAUCAGAAGAAGCGGGGCGGCCACAAAGCAUGCUGCCUUCUGAUGCCCCCGCCACCCCCGCUGUUUCCGCCGCCAUUCUCCAGGGGCAGCCGGAGCCCGCUUCUCUCCCCAGACAUGAAGAAUCUUCUGGAACUAGAGGCCUCGCCAUCCCCUUGCAUUCAAGGCUCCCUCGGCUCUCCUGGGCCCCCCGGGCCCCAGGGUCCACCUGGACUUCCUGGCAAGACAGGACCAAAGGGAGAAAAGGGGGAUCUUGGCCGCCCAGGAAGGAAGGGCAGACCUGGACCCCCAGGUGUUCCUGGCAUGCCCGGGCCCGUUGGCUGGCCAGGCCCUGAAGGUCCCAGGGGAGAAAAGGGUGACCUGGGUAUGAUGGGCUUGCCAGGGUCAAGAGGACCGAUGGGCUCUAAGGGCUUCCCUGGAUCCAGAGGGGAAAAGGGAUCCAGAGGUGAAAAGGGUGACUUGGGUCCCAAAGGAGAAAAGGGUUUCCCUGGAUUUCCUGGAAUGCUGGGGCAGAAAGGUGAAAUGGGUCCAAAAGGAGAACCUGGGCUAGCAGGAAAUCGAGGCCCCACAGGAAGACCAGGAAAACGAGGCAAGCAGGGUCAGAAGGGAGACAGUGGAAUUAUGGGCCCACCAGGCAAGCCCGGGCCUUCUGGUCAACCUGGACUUCAAGGUCCUCCAGGGCCGCCAGGGCCCCCAUCUGCAGGACAACUUGUAACGGGACUCAAAGGGGAAAGAGGAUUCCCAGGGCCUCCAGGAAGAUGCCUUUGCGGACCUCCUGGGAAUGUGAAUAACCCCUCCUAUGGGGACUCCAUGUAUGGGCCCGGCUCCCCUCGAGUUCCUGCGAUUUUUGUGGUCAACAACCAGGAGGAGCUUGAGAAGCUGAACACUCAGAAUGCCAUUGCCUUUCGCAGAGACCAGCGAUCUUUGUACUUCAAAGAUAGCCUUGGCUGGCUCCCCAUCCAGCUAACCCCCUUCUACCCUGUGGGUUACACCGUAAGGCAGCGUGGCACCUGUGGGGAUGGGGUCCUGCAGCCUGGGGAGGAGUGUGACGAUGGUAAUCACGAUGUGGGUGACGGCUGCAUUGACUGUCACCGGGCCUACUGUGGAGAUGGUUACCGGCACCAGGGCGUGGAGGACUGUGACGGCUCUGACUUUGGCUACCUGACAUGCGAGACCUAUCUCCCUGGAUCAUAUGGAGACCUUCGGUGCACCCAGUACUGCUACAUCGACUCCACACCCUGCCGCUACUUCACGUGAGAGGCUCAGGGAACAGGCGGGCCGCAGCCCCUGUCACUGGUGGCUGUUUCUCUGCCCUUCACAUCAAGCUGGCCUGGCCCUCUCCUGGGACAGUGCCCAUUGACCUUCAUGAGACAAAACAAGGAUACAUUCUUGCUGCUAAGACAUGCUCUGGGCUCAGUUUGACUGGAGGAGUUUUGGACCACUGCACCCUGUCUUAAUCAAAAGAACCAGAAACC